UUUGUGUCUGCGUAGCUCCUGCUGCUGUGUUAAACGGAUUAUUAGUUUGUUGCAAACUGGUUAUAAAACUAUGCCUGCUAACGAUUCGGCCCAUGCUUUAGCCAGGCUAUCAUUCUUCACCUAUAUUUACUGAGCUGCGGGAUGAAGAGCAGAAAACAGAAGUCCGUCAAAGCUGGAGGCAGCAAAAAGAAAGUCCCCAGCGAUGUGACCCCGUCCACCAGCCUCCCUCCUCUGGUCGAGGGACAGCUGAGAUGCUUCCUGCGAGUGACCAUAAGUCGUGUGUUAUGGACAGUUCACAAACCUCCGUCUGCGACAUUCAUCAGGCUGCGCUGGUGGGGAGAGUCAUCCAACGGGACUCAUUUCUUACCAAGAGAUGGAUCACAGCUGUCACAGAAGAUCAUCAAGACCACAGCUCGCUUCCCCAUUCGCUGUGGGCCAAAGCAGUUCACCUCAUAUCUUACAGAUAUGGGCUCUAUGGUUCUGGAAGUUCUGACGAAACCGGAUCAUUUGCCGAUUGCAAGAUCUCAGGUGGCCGGCAUCUCUCGUCUCUCUCUUUCACACUCCAUAAGUGGAUUUUACACCAUCAUUUCUCCCACAUCUGAGAAGCUCGGAGAGUUACAGGUAUCACUCAACUUGGAGCCCCUAGUGGAAGCCUAUGACAGCAGCAGCUCAUGUCCCGCCACAGAUAUCAGCACUGAAGUACUGCAAGUCCCCACACUGACUGUGCCUUUGCAGCCCAGAUCACUCUCAGCUGGCGGCAGCGGUGGAAACACACCCAGAGGGAAAGACCACUUAUAUUUCCAAAAUGAGCAAAAGGACAACGGCAAAGAAGAGUCCCUGAAGAAUCCGUUGUCGGGAACAAACAGAUCUCAGAACUAUCAAACAGCUGUGACUCCUACCAAUGAUAUCCUCUCAGUUAUUCUCGAGCGUGGAAACAAGCUGAGAAAUGCCAUGGUCGUAUCAGCUUUAAAAUGUGACACAGAUUCUGCCCCAGCUCUGAAAGACACACCUCUGCCUCUCCCAAAGGAUAACAUCCUGCCACUGUCCAAACCCUCCCCUUCUCCCUCUGGAACGUUUCUUCAAAAUAUUCUUCAUGCUGAUUCAGCUCUCAAGCACUGUGACGAUGUUGCUGUAGUCAAAGACGAUGGCUUAGAUUGUCCUGCAGACAUGGAUAACAGAGCUGUUGAUCUGCUACUUGGCAGCCUGAACACUUCUCCUCUGCCUCCCUGGGAUGAGAGCGCUGCUCCCGAAUCUCUGUCUGGCCAUAGCAGUGUGUGUGGGGACAGUGAGCUCAAUGACCCUCAAUAUGACCAGAGCUUACUGGAAAAUUUGUUUUAUAAAACCCCUAUUAUAGACAUGACCCAAAGUGACCCUGAGGCUGGGGAACGACAAACAGAGUCCUCCAGCCAAAAACAUCCGACACAGUCUGGACCUAAGACUAGUGGACGUCCAAAUUCAGAGCCUAAGCGGUCUGCAGAUGCUGCUGAUUUUCCACCUGGCCUGAGUUCAGAGCACAUGUCUUUACUGAGUUCGAUGCGGCUGGCGAGAGUCACCAUUGACUCUCUGACCGUACCUUCAGGGAGUUCUAACACCACACCUGGGAAAACCUCAAGUAAAGGAAAACCCCCUCGACCAUUAAAAAUGAAGAAGUGCACAUAUUUCAUUGAGUACCUGUUCCCAAAGGCUUCGACUUGUAGUCGACAUGAUCGCACUAAAGGCAGAGAAGGAGAAGUUACAAGAGCUGUUGCCAGUAAAGUCAAUGGAGGAGUGGUCAGGUUCCACCAGCACACCGUGUUUCCUGUCCUCAGCACAGCAACUGUUAAACAAUGGUGGGAAACUGAUCUGAUUUUUAAGAUUCACUCACGCAACAGCGACCAAAAGAAACCUGUUCUCAUUGGUAAGGCAGUUCACCCUCUGCACUGUCUGCUGCAGAGUAAGCAGCUGAGUCAGUCUGUCAUCUUACCUGUGCUGAAUGUGGAAGGAAACUGUGAAAUGCGGCAAGUUGGACCUCUAAAGGUGUCACUAGAACUUGCAACAGACAACAAAGAGUUCUCCUCUGAAAAAAAAAGAAGCAAGUUGGCUUGGGGCGACACAUCUCCUUCACAAACUGCACUCAGUCCACACAGAGCGAGCAGCUCCAGGCCUCAGCAGGUUGACACAAGCAGGGAGGAUUUACAAGAUGGCUCUUUUGGAGAUUCAAGGCUUAAAGUUUGGAGUCCUCAAAAACCCUUCAAAGAACCCACUCCCCAUCAUGUCCUGCACACAUCUCCUCAUAAAUCCUGUCGGCAGGUGGAGGAGGAUCCUGAGGUCCUUCUGCACACCUUACUCAUGGUGCCAGAUGGCAAAGACUUCAACUGUGGGCCCAUGCAGGCUCCCAAUGUGUACUUGAACUGUAAACUGUUUUGGAGCGAUGAAACUGCACGAUCUGGGAUCAGUUGGGGUCAGAGAAAUCCAUCAUUCAACUUUGUUCAGGUGACUCCUGUGGCCUUAACAUCCAAACUGCUGGAACGUAUGAGGAACAACGUGAUGGUGGUUGAGGUGUGGCAGAAGACAGGAAGCUCAGCGCAAGAUCGACUCCUGGGCCUCGUUAAAUUACCUCUCCACCAGUUCUACAUGUCGUUCAGGGAUCCAAAGAUCGCCCACCUUCUUCUCCAGGCGCAGUACCCUGUUUUAGGGGUGGACUGCUACAUGCCCGUGGUUGACGUGUUCUCAGGCGGUUGUAAAGGACAUCUCAGGGUUGUUCUGGCUCUGGGCCAAUCAGAGCAGAUAGUUGUCUUUCAGCGCACAAGGGAUGAAACCUACAACUCUUUACCUCAUCUUGUGAGACCAGUUCAUCUGCUCGAUCACCAACCACAUUCUCAAACAAAGGUCAUUGAAUCACGCCCGGACACUAUGAGAGAACAUCUGUUUGUUAUUCGAGUGGAGAAGGUGAAUGGGCUGACACCUCUGCAGUCAACAGUGUGGGGUGAGGCAGACUGCUACAUCCAGUACAGUUUCCCCUGUCAGGAGGGAGACCCAGCUGCAAAAGUGGAUGAAAACUUAAUAGAGAGCAGCCUGAACCUGAAGGUCUUUCGUACCACCACGACUCUCUGUGUCCCUGACCCGGUGUUCGGCCACACUGAGACUCAUGUGCUUCUGGCUCCUGAAGGAGUUCCUGCUCAGAGGCUGCUGCUCAGCUCUCUUUCAAGUCAAGGCCUAAGCAGUGGAGGGGGGGUCCAGUUUGAAGUGUGGUGCAGAUAUUAUUAUCCAAAUGUUCGAGACCAGCUUGUCGCCAAAGGAUUACUCCCGUUGUCAAAGCUGUGCGCCAUGAUCACCAUGCAGAGACAGCAUCCUGAUGAGGCUCAAAUGUUCUCCCUGCCCCUGAUUCCCAGGACAGACAGUCCCACCGGGCGUCAGCCUCUGCCCUCAGGCCUGCUGGAUGUGUGUGUUAGGUACAAGCACCGACCAAUGAGAACUGAAGGGCAGACAGUUAGAGGGGCUUCUGCUCGUGUUGUGACACUCGCGGUCCAAGUGCACAGAGCGUCAGGUCUGCAGGCAGCAGCACGGGUUUUGUCAGAACAGGAUGAUAGAUUCAGCUACUUUGCCGGUGUGGGAGUGAACUCGUACGUCACAGUCCAACUCUCCUUCCUGCCUGAGAGUGACAGGAGGUGCACCCGUGUAGCUGCGAGGACCUUUUGCCCGGAGUUUGACCACCACGUGGAGUUGUCCUGUGACCUGCUGGUUCAAAGGAGCAGCGGAGAAACCCGCAGCCUGGCUGAGCAGCUGGAGGAGGCCUCUGCUGUCUUCACUGUCUGGAACAAAGACAGUCGCAAAGGAUUAAUGCUUGACCAAAAGCGGAAGGAUGUGAUGUUGGGAACAAUGAAAAUACCGCUGGCCGAUCUCAUAAAUAAAAGAACAGGUAUAUCAGGCUGGUUUGGACUUUAUAUACCACAAGAUACAAGUUCCUCUCAGCACCAGCACAUCUUGGUUGGGGGCCUUGAGAUCUCAGUUAACUUCGCCCACCACUCGGACAGGGAAAGAGUCAUUAAAGCUGCUCAAGGCGUGGGCUGGGAAAGAACCCAGAAUGAAAUGCAAGAUGAAGAAGAAGAAGAAGAAGACUGGGAGAACAGCACAAGAAAAAUCUCUUUGACUUUUUCGAUGCCUAGAGUGUGGAUACCUGUCCAUUGUUUACUCCUGCCGGGCCACAGUGAGCUGCAGCGAUCCACUUACUGCUACUUCAGGUACAAGUUCUACGACCAGGAAGCUUUCUGCUCACAGAUGAAACACCCCUCUGUUGAGGAGGAAGGCCAAGCCACUGUGACUUUCCAGGGAAGUAGAAGUGUGGAGCUGAUGAGCACUCAGCCCUUGAUGUGGUAUCUUCGAGAGGAGAGGCUGGAGGUACAGGUGUGGGUGGCCUUUAAAAAAGACAAAACCCAAAGGCCCCGAGAUACAGACCGACUGGUUGGUUCAGCUUUUGUCGAUCUGUCUUCUCUUGCAAAGACGCCUAAGCAGAAGCUCACUCUUAGUGGAGUGUAUCCGCUGUUCAGGCGCUCAGCAGCUGAUCUACAAGGGGCUGCACUCAGGGUGCACAUUACCCUCACAGUUGGUUUGGUCCCUAUGGAGGUUCCUGCUGGGGUUGACGCCCAGGUGGACUCAGACAGCCAGGCAGAGCUCUUACCGGAAGAGACAGAAGCAGCAAAUCGAACCCCUUCGCCCGAAAAGUCCCGAACACAGAGUAGACACAAGAACAAAUCCACCAGAGCAACUCCAGACUUUCCAUCAGUUCAGCACACAGAAACGAGCCUGGAUGAAUCUUUCCCUGUGACUGUGACAGUGGACAGUGCGAUGCACCUGAAUCUGAAAGGCUGUCCUCUUACAGAGCGCAAUGGAGGGACGCUGUGCUGCUGUGUUUCGUACCUCACUGCAGACUCUGAUGAACCUGCGUCCACGGCUGUCAUAGACAACUCAGACUGCCCUGUUUGGGACCAUCAACAUGAGUGCAGGCUUUCAAAACAGCUACUGGUUGAUCCACAGCAAUCUCUUGUGUUCAAAGUCUGGCAUAAAGGAGAAAUGGAGAGGGUGCUUGGAUUUGCCUCUGUAGACCUGUCCCCCUUACUCUGUGGGUUCCAGUCAGUGUGCGGUUGGUACAACAUCACAGACUUCAGUGGUCAGUGUCACGGCCAGCUCAAGGUGUCCAUCACUCCACUGAGAGGACUCCAAGACCUCCGAGGACAGAGAAAAACUGUGAAUGAGGAAGCUGCCACAAACUCAUCAGCUUUAUUCCAGGCGCUUCCUCUCAGCUAUCAUACCACAGCAACUUACACCAGCUUUCCUGCUCACAUCAGUCGAUACUCCGAGCAGAAGAUUUCCUCACCUGACCACACAGACCGGCUGUUCUCUGAAAGAUCCAGUGAGAGUGAUCGCCAUUUUGAACACAUGGACAAAGUUCGUCUUUACCAUCAGAGUCUGCAGGAGCAAACGGCAAAUAAUUCUAUUGGUAGCAGCAUUGCUGCAGACAUCAACCCAUCCAGCUCCUUCCUGUUUUCAGCACUCAGGAAAAAACUCAGUGAGCUGGACAACAUCCAGAGAUACUUCAGCCGCAAGCUUUCAACUCCCACAUUCCCGCCCGUGAUUGAGCAGGAUGUUCAAACCAAGCAUGAGGAGGAGAGGGACGCCGAGACAGACUCAUGUCAGCUUCUUCUCAGGUCCAACCAGUUAGUCGGAGAAGUCAACAAUAUCAUUAGUGGUCUACAAGGACACAACCCAACAAAGAUUCCCUCAAAUCUACCGAGCAGCUCAACAACUUCCCCCUUUGCUGACAACAACCUGCAAACUAUCACUGAGUGUCUCUCCAGUCCACGCAGAGCUUCAAACUCUUCCCAAGAAGAUGUGUUUCGUAUGUUGACGCCUCUGCCAAAGAUGCCUGACGACAAGUGGGACUCUGAGCCUGAGGAAGAAAACAACAGACAUAACAACCAAGCUUCUGUGUCUGAGGACGAAAACAAAGAAGGGUCAGAUAGAGAUGAAGACAGCACCGAGCUCAGAGAGGAUGAGGAAGCUGAAGAAGACGAUGACGGAGACUACGACGUGAUCGUUUUGCAGCCGAGACCUCUGAAUGAAAUGACCUCUUUAACAGACAAAACCAGUCCUUGGACCAGCAUCAUGUCUGACCCUGAUCUGGUUUCUCUUCAAAGCUUGGAGGCAUCUGAGGAGCCUGAUCUGAGCCAAGAUGACGGAGAGAAUUGGCAGAUGGUUAAUCUCCAAACUAACGAAAGUGGUGAGAAACACGAGUUUACCAGAGGAGAAGUGAGAGAGCGCGAUGAUGAAAGUUUAAACGGAUCAGCAGAAGAUGUUUCAGACGUAGACAGACAUGUUGAAAGGACACCACGAGUUGUACAUGAGAGAGGAGAAGAACCCGACAGCAUGAAUGAAAAGAGUUCACCACCCAGAACACAGCACACCACAGAUACCCAUGAUGCUUCAGGCACCCAAGACAAUCAAGACACUCCACCCAAACUCUCGGUGCCUGUGGAGGUUCCCAAUUUCUUCCUGCCCUCUCACCAGCUGGAGGCAUCUAUGAGAGCCAUACGAUUAGCUCCUUCUUUCUCUCAGGCGUCCUGUGACACAGGUCGAGGCUCUUCAGGUCACAGGACGACACAUCUCCGAGGUCCUCGACAGCGACCCGACAUGUCGCCAUCAUCCAUGAAGAAAGAGACUGAACGGAUAGCUAAAAUAUUUGCUGCUCACUUUGACGACAGUUAACAUCCUGUGGUCUGAUCGUAUUUGAACAGCUCAAUGGAAGAAUGAAAAAGCCUUAAAAGAUCAUGUAACUUAAUAUAAUAUUUUGUAUUUUUUAUAAAUAAACAGGAACUGUUACCGGUUUUUA